AUGCUCUACGUUGUUGUAUUCACAACAUCGUCCAUUCUUCUCUCAGUUUCCUAUCGAUUUUCUCCUUUUCAUCCAUUAGCUAGCUACCCAGGGCCUCGAUCAUGGUGGAUUUCCGACUUACAGCUUGUCCACCUGGCUAUGUCCGGCAAGCGACACCAAAAGCUCCAUCAGCUUCACAUGCAAUACGGACCCAUCGUAAGAGUCGGACAUAACACUCUGUCAAUCAAUUCAUUGUCCUCCCUUAAUCCUCUGUACGGGCCUGCACUUUCCAUGGAAAAAAGCGACAUGUAUAGGCUCCCAGGACAUCGAGAUGUGAUGAGUCUAUUCUUUAAGCAAGACUUAGAUCUUCAUAAUGAACGCAAACAAAUUUGGACCAAGGGUCUAUCCGCGUCAGCCACCAAAAACUAUAUUCCUUUUAUAGAGCAGCGUACUUGGGAGCUUGCCUCAUACAUCGAACGUCGGCAAGCUGCGUCGAAAGAAGAUGCAACCAGUUUGUCGGAAUGCUUCUCUCAUUGGUCAUAUGACUUGCUGGCUCUGAUGGCAAAAGGCGACUCUGAGCGUCUGGUUUUGACCGGCAAGAAAGGAAUGGUGGCCAUUGAGAGUAAAGCUAUGGUCAAGUAUUCCGCCAUCUCUGCAGCAAUGAUGCACAAGCGAAUUAAAUUGAACAACGACACAAGCAUAAGAGAUCUCAGUUCUUACCUUCUGGAAGAAUCUCUGUCCGGAAAGUCUAUCCCACUUCCAGAUCUUGAAGUAGAGGCAGCGACUGCACUUUUCGGAGGUGGCGAUACCAUCGCUGGAAUACUCUCAAUGGUGUUCUUCUAUCUUCUUUCGCAUCCGCAAUACUACAAGCAGCUUUAUGAUGUCUUGCGUGCCGAGUUUUCUGACCCCAUGGAACAUCUAGAAGGCUCCAGGCUUGUUGGAAUACCCUUUCUCGGUGGCGUUAUCGAUGAAGCGCUGAGGCUGCAGGCUGCUUUCUACUUUCCCAGAAUAGUCCCCCCGGGAGGCGUCACAAUAGAUGGAUCAUUCAUUCCCGAAGGGACUAUCGUUGCUGUGGCAUCAUAUUCUCAGCAAAUUGACCCCAAGAACUUUUACCCCGACCCUUUGGAAUUCAGACCAGAACGAUGGCUGCCAGGCGGCUUAGGACCUGAUACAAAAACUGAUCGAAAUGCAUUGUUGUCUUUUUCAAUGGGACACCAUGUAUGUGUCGGGAAAGCUCUUGCUUACCAGCAAUUGCAAUAUGUUAUCGCACGCUUGGUUCUAUCUUUUGAUAUGUCCUUCCCCGAGUCGUUUGAUAAAGAGGCAUUCUGCAAUGGUAUUCUCAACAAGCGCACCGUAAUCUUAGAAAAACCGCUCCUUGUGAGGGUUACACGACGGCCCGGAGCAGAGAUUCCAGAUCUGAAAUGA